CCACACAGACCCGGUAUGGGCAGACUCCCCUGAGCAACAUGGCCGAGCCGGGAUCAGCGCGCAGAUGACGUUCUCCGGCAGCGAGUGACGCACCAGGAAGCGCACCGUCAUCAGCGUCUCCGACUUCCGCCCCCUUCCAAGAUGGCGGCGCCCUUUGUCCGGUUGUAGCUGAAUGAGGAGCCGCCGCCGCUCCGGGAUGGCAGCCAUGGAUUUCCCGCAGCACAGCCAGCUGGUCCUGGAGCAGCUCAACCAACAGCGUCAGCUGGGCCUCCUGUGUGACUGCACCUUCGUGGUGGACGGGAUCGACUUCAAGGCGCACAAGGCGGUGCUGGCGGCCUGCAGUCAGUACUUCCGCAUGUUGUUCCUGGAGCAGAAGGACGUCGUCCACCUGGACAUCAGCAACGCCGCCGGACUGGGCCAGGUUCUGGAGUUCAUGUACACGGCCCGACUCCACCUGACCCGGGAGAAUGUGGAGGACGUCCUGGUGGUGGCCGGCUUCCUGCAGAUGCAAGAAAUCGUCAACGCCUGCACAGCCCUGAAAUCUCUUAGUAUUGGCGCAGUACCGGCGACCCACAGCCUGGAGGCGCUCUCCUCUCCGCAAGCAGAAGUCACCCAGCCGGAAGGAGAGUACCCCGCUCCAGCUGUGGGGGGAGAGACUGUUAUGGAGUCCAGUGGUGCCGGGCAGUCUGUGUAUUCGGAUGGCGAUGGAGCCAGUGAGGAGGGGGAUGUCGGAGGGAGUCAGGGCACCCAGGCAGAGGAAGGGGCGGCGCCCCGCGUGCCUCAGGAGGAGGGCAUGGUGUCUGCAGAAGGGGGAGUCAACAGACAAACAAAUGUCGGGAUUGGUGACGAUUUGAUGACGCAGGAGGCGUGGCCUGUCCAGGAGAAGAACGACAGUACAACAGCGAGCGAAUCGGAAACCAAAGAGCAGGAGACCCCGCAGGGGCAGACACAAGAGAAGCUUCCGCCGGAGCCCGUCGCAGAGCACACCAGCCCAGAGAUGGGCGUCCCCCACCUGGAGGGCAGCCAGGAGUCUGGACUGACCAUUAAGUCGAAGUUUUUUCUUUGUCUGGAAGGAAGACGACGUCCAGAAUGGCGAUAA